AUGUUUGACGAUCAAGAUCUCGGGUUCUUUUCAAACUUUCUUGGAAUCUUUAUAUUUGUAUUGGUAAUAGCAUAUCACUAUGUUAUGGUUGAUCCAAAAUAUGAAGGUCAUUGAAUCUUCCCUAUGAUGAGAAAUUUUUAUCGACCCUUCUAGUUAUUAUAUUAUCUACUGUAAUGUUAUUAUCUUUCAUAGUAUAGAAUGUUUUAGUCGAUACCGGAGACAAAAUCUUUUUUUGAUACGGUGACUGGAAAUUUUUUACAGACUAUUCUAGUUAUUAUAUUAUCUACUCGUUUAGUGGAUCA